UAAGAAUCAAAACACUGAAGAAAUAGUGGUCCCGACCCCGUGUAAUAAGGGCUGUACUGGAUUUUGAAAUAAAGGAACUUUGAAGAGGAAUUGUGAAGACCGAGGACAAGAUUCCUGUUGAAAAUGCGGCUUCCGGGCAAAAAAAUCGAUGCAAGCUCAAGAGUGACAUUUGGAAUUUGAUUGCUGCUCACCACUUCAGGUGAAACAUGGGCCGCUACCUAAGCACCAACUGGUGUUCAAGUUCAGUGGACAAGACAUUGAGGUCAUUCUGCAGAGUGAGGUACCUGAUCAGCCUUCUCAGAAAGUACCCUUGUGUGGCUAAAGCGACACUCGGCAUGGACCCCCGCAGAUACUACCUGCUAUCUCCUCUUCAUCUGCCCAGACAAUGUAUAUUUAACAAUUUAAGCCACGGUGCCGCAGGCUCUGCUUCUAACCACUUCCUCUGGGAUUAUACCAAAGAACCGAUUCGUCUCCAGGUGGUGCGUCUUUACUCCUCCAAUAGGAGUACAUUAAAAUCUGACGCUCCGAUUGGGAUCUUCGAGGAGGCUCCGAACGGUUUCCUGUCAAGAUCACUGGGAGGGAAUCUCGGUCAAUCCUUUGACAGAAUGGCCAGACACAUUAACAUGUAUUUCAAGGGAAAGGGUGUUUAUCCAGCUGUAAAGGAUGGCCCAGAAAGUCUUCGAAGGUCACAGAGGCGUAGUCAAAGCCAGACAGCAGCCAGAGAGCGGAAUAAAUCAGAGAAAGACACAAUGCGGACCUUGAAAAGCAAAGACAAACGGAACAGCUCAGGAAUCCCUCCUUCGACACAAGACGACCGUGGACUGCAACUAUUUCACAUCAGCGCUCUGGCAACAACUUUUGGAGAGAGCUACAGUUAUAUUGCCGGUCACAUUAAUUCAGUCUUCUCUCGCAGUUUUACGAAGGUUCAAAAGGAGGAGCCUUUGGACAGCAUUUCUCCCAUAAGAGGGAACACCAGAAGGCUAAAGAAGAGACAAAUACCAAACACUUACAUCAUCAGGUCUAAAGAGGAUGAAAUGUCUCAAGCAAAAUCCGGUGCUGAUCUGCCAACAUUGGAGACUAACCACACCUCCAGCAGCUGGGAGGAGGGCUACCUACAUUUUGCAAGACACAUCAAUAAAUACUUUGGUGCCAAAGUUGCCAAAGAAGCGGAUCAAGAUCAGAAAAGACGAGAACCGAUUGAAAGGAAUGAUACCUCACAAGCCGGAGGCGCCAUGUCACAAAUGAAGCAAGACAAACAUAUCAUCCAUAACACAGAAGGUCUUUUCCACAGCAACACCAACUUUGGAGAUAACUAUUCCCAAACGGCCGAACACAUCAAUCAGUAUUUCAAGGGUCAGAGUGGAUCAGAUGAGGACAUUGAUCGAAAUGUCUUAAAAGAGAUGGAUCCUGGAUUUGCUAGUUCCGAGAGCCUAAAGGCCGUGACCUUCAUGGACUGCCUUUACAACCCGACCAGGGCCAUCCCUGACUUGCUGGGUGCUUAUCUGAACCUAGGCCCCCUGUCUCAGACUCGUAAGCCCGCCGUCACUUCACCAGAGACGAUGCUGACUAGAAAGCUGUGCUCUCAAUUGAGUCGGAGGCAGGCAGAGGAAGUGACACGGGGGUUGAUCGGCACUUUGUCACAGACUUCGCCUCCAGAAGCUCUGGCUGCCUGCAUGGAGGCGCUCAAUGAACACCUCAUCCGUUACCCAUCAUGCAAAGCUUUAAUGUGGCAGGAGAGAACCGCCGUCACAUUGUUGAGGAAGCGACGGACCCACAGAGAUAACCAGGCGCUUCAGAGUGCGUUGAGGGAAAGCUUGGCUCUAAUUGGCUAUGUGGAUCCCGUCAAGGGUUCUGGUAUAAGAGUGCUCUCAAUCGAUGGUGGUGGGACAAGAGGUGUGGUGCCUUUACAGGUAUUAAAGCUACUGGAAGCUCAAACAGGCAGGAGGAUCCAUCAGCUGUUUGACUACAUCUGUGGAGUGAGCACAGGGGCCGUUCUAGCCUUCAUGCUGGGUCUUGCCCAGUUUUCUCUAGAAGAGUGUGCUGACAUGUAUCGUCGUUUUGGCUCCGAGGUGUUUCGGCAGAACCCGCUAGUCGGCACAAUGAAGAUGGGCUGGAGUCACUCUUACUAUAACACAGAGACCUGGGAGACAAUACUACGUGAAAAGCUGGGAAAUCGGGUACUUAUCAAAACCGCCGGAGAUGAGUUGACCCCCAAGGUUUCAGCCGUCAGCGCUGUGGUGAACUGGGGGACCAGUCCAAAGGCCUUCGUCUUCCGCAACUACAACCACAAACCAGGCUCUCUGAGUCGCUAUGCAGGAGGCUCCCUUUGUGAAAUGUGGCAGGCAGUGCGAGCAUCAUCAGCCGCCCCGGGAUACUUCCAGGAGUUCCCCUUACAAAGUGACAUUCACCAGGAUGGAGGAAUCAUCUUGAACAAUCCCUGUGCCUUGGCUGUCCACGAGAGCCGUCUGUUGUGGCCCAACCAGCCUUUCCAGUGCGUGCUGUCUCUCGGCACCGGUCGCUAUGACAACGCCAAGAGGGGACCUGCCACUUCCACCAGCCUGAGGGCCAAAAUCAGCAACUUGAUCAGCAGCGCUACCGACACCGAAGGGGUCCACACCCUGUUGGACGAUCUGCUGGCCCCAGACGUGUACUUCCGCUUCAACCCCACGUUGAGCGCCCUGGUGUCCCUGGAUGAGAGUCGGCCGCGGGAAAUGGACCAGCUGCUGAGAGACACCCAGAACUACCUGGAGAGAAACCAGACCAAAGUGGCAAGGCUCUGUUUGGUGCUCGGGCCGGAGCGCUCGGCUGCCAGCAGAACUAAGGACUGGAUGAGUGAGCGGGCCUGGGAGAUGAAGCAGAGAUGGUUGUGAAUAUACUUUUUUUGCUAAUUACAAAACUAAAAUGGGGAACAUGGUGAACACUAGCUGACAAACCAAGACAUAUUGCUUUUAGCAGGUUAGCAUAAUGCUGAUUAGCAACUCAUAGUAAGGUAUAAACAAUUUAAAAUAUAAUAUAAUUUGACCUGAAAUAGUGCAUUCAUCCCUCAAGUCUGUUUUCUUCUGUUCUAUGUGCUACAAGGAUUGUGAGUUGGGACAACAUCUAUAUGUUUAUCCCAGUUAUCUUUGUUUAUUGCAGUUUUCUGUCUUUGGCUUGUGUGAAACUGGCCCGUCACCAUAAAUGUGUGAUGUGAAGCUUUUGCAGCAAAACUCACGAUUAAAAAGCAGGCUAUGAGGGGAGGAUCAUUAAGUUACAGCCCACUAAACGACAGGAUGCAUCAGCCCUCAGAGAUAGUUCAACAAUCCCCACGAUCACAUCUCCACGUGAUGUUUCAAAUCAAGUAGAAGACGGUUUAAAAAGAACCAAAGAAGCCAGAUAGUUGCUGCUAAGUUCAUCAAGGUUUGACAUUUAAUGUUUUUCUGCUGUUUUGUCCGCUUCUUGUUCUACAUGCAGGCUAACGUAAACCAAAUCAAUAGGAUUUUGUAAACAAGCCUAACUUAUCAUGCACUUUAUUAAAAAAGCUAUGUGUAAUGUGACAGAAGUUCUUAUCUGAUUGUUGCACUUCUCAGUGUUGAUGAAUGUGAUAUCAGCUGAAAUAAGCUAUAAAUUAUUCUUUCAUGUGACAUCACACAUUACAUCACAGUUGUAUGGUAUUGUGAAGUAGUGGAUUGUGCCAUCAUAUGUUUUUAAUAAAUGAAUAUUCAUAAAGA